UAGAUACAUAUAAAUAGGUAGAUUUGGGGACCUAAUUGUUUUACCACCUAACAUGACUCUAGACUGAAUUUCCAGUUUUGCUAUGAGAAUAAAAGGCCAAUUUCAGAUUUCUGGUGAGUUCAUGUUGCAUUUCUUUAACAAAAUUAAUAUGUCACUGCAUAAAGUUCUCUGAUUAUUUGUUCAGUAUGAAGCCUUUUUCAGUUUCGAAGAGAGAAACCUUCUUUUCUUUUUAAAAGCCUCAAAUACAACCCCAUCGGAAUCCCAAAACAGUAUUUGGGAUUUGAACAAUAGAAACCUCACAAUCAAAAUAAAUUAGAGGAAGAAACCAUGGAGAUAAGGAAAACUCAAGUGGCCAUGGCGACUUUGUUGGCGAUAAUGGCUCUAAUGGCGAGUCAAGUGGUCUUCGCCGGCAAAUACUCAGACUCAAUGGCCCUUCAUGAACGUAAUAUGGCGGAAAUGCAAGCCCUUAAAGCUUCAUUGGUUCGCAGAAAUCUACCAGCUAUGGUAUCUCCUCCUCCUACUCCUCCUCAGGCAGUACCCGGUCCACGCGUGUAUCAAGUGAUAUCAUAUGGUGCCGAUCCCACAGGGAAAUCAGAUAGCACGGAUGCGAUUUUGAAAGCUAUGGCAGAUGCGUUCGAAGGUCCAAAUCAUGGAAUUUUGAUGGAAGGUAUAAAUGAUCUUGGAGGAGCAAGAAUCGAUCUUGAAGGUGGAAUCUACUUAAUCAGCCGUCCUCUCCGGUUUCCCUCAGCCGGUGGCGGAAAUCUCCUCAUCAGCGGAGGGACAUUAAGGGCAUCAGAUGAUUUUCCGGUCGAUAAGUACUUAAUCGAACUCAACGACGAAUCGUCAAAGCUACAAUACAUAUUUGAGUACAUAACCCUCAGAGAUCUUCUCAUCGACUGCAACUACCGCGGCGGAGCAAUCGCCGUCAUAAAUUCUCUCCGGACAAGCAUUGACAACUGUUACAUCACACGUUUCGGAGACACGAACGGGAUUCUUGUCCAAAAAGGACACGAGACUUAUAUUCGCAACUCGUUUCUUGGUCAACACAUAACCGCCGGUGGAGACAGAGGAGAGAGAAACUUCUCCGGCACCGCCGUGAAUUUGGUGGGUAACGACAACGCCAUUACCGACACCGUUAUAUUCUCCGCCGCGAUUGGGGUAAUGAUAUCAGGACAGGCAAACUUAUUGUCUGGUGUGCAUUGUUAUAACAAGGCAACCGGUUUUGGAGGAACCGGGAUUUAUUUGAAAUUACCCGGUUUAACUCAGAACCGAAUUGUGAAUUCGUACAUGGAUUAUACCGGUAUCGUCGCGGAAGACCCGGUUCAGCUACAAAUUUCAGGGACUUUUUUCUUGGGCGAUGCGUUUAUUUUGUUGAAAUCGAUAGCCGGUGUGGUUAGAGGAGUUAAUAUUGUCGACAAUAUGUUUUCCGGUUCGGGUAAUGGGGUCCAGAUUGUGCAAUUAGAUCAGACGAAUAAGGCGUUUGGAGACGUUGACCAGGUGGUCGUUGACCGGAACAGUGUGAAUGGAAUGGCAACGAGAUCGACGGUUGCGAAAGGAUCGGUCGAUGGAAACGGGACGUCUUGGACCGUCGAUUUGAACCCGGUUUUGUUGUUCCCGAAUUUAAUUAAGCACGUGCAGUACACGCUCGUGGCCAGUGAAGCUAACGCGUUUCCUGUUCACGCGCUAAGGAACGUUUCGGACAAUAGAGUGGUGGUUGAGACAAACGCUCCUGUUACAGCAAAAGUUUAUGUAACAGCGGAUCAGUGAAUUUGAACAUCGUGAUUUUGCCGUAAUAAUGAUUUAAUAAUCAUAAGAUUAUAAUGGUGGGUUUUUGGUAAUUUUUUCUGAUCAGGAGAAAUUACAUAUAUUUUUACUAGUAAAGAAAACAAAAACUCGAAAAUUGUGAUUAUGGUUGAAGAGUUGGUGGCAUGACAUUGACUAGUUUUUUUUUUCUGUUUGUCAAGACAUUUUUUUUUUUGGGGGUAAAAUGUUAAGUUGUUUGUCAAGACAUUUACUAGUUCCUCUGAGAUGAAUCAUGAAAUUCAAUGCAAUGACUAAUAAACUAACUAUUAUGACUUCUGAAG